AUGUCGGGGACCCGCUGCCAGGCGCUGUACCCCUUCUCCGGGGAGCGGCAUCGGCAGGGGCUGCGCUUCGCGGCGGGUGAGCUGAUCACGGUGCUGCAGGUGCCAGACGGCGGCUGGUGGGAAGGGCAGAAGGAGGACGGGCUGCGCGGCUGGUUCCCGGCCAGCUACGUCCAGCUGCUGGAGAAACCCCGAAAGGCAACUCCUCAGGCAGAAGAAGACACCUUGAAUGGCCACCUUCCCCCUGGCUGGCAGAGCUACAUGUCUCCCCAGGGUCGCAGGUACUACGUGAACACCUUCACAAAUGAAACGACGUGGGAGCGGCCGAGCAGUGUGCCUGGCACUCCAAAGAGCCCUGUCAGCAAGCCUGCUAACUCUCCAUCUGUUCUUACAGUGAAUGGCUACUACAUCUCUGGGUCCCCAGUGCACCAGCUCGACUCAGGUCAUACGAGCCUCCGAAAAGCCAGUGGGGACCCCCAGAGCCCGGGCUCCCCGGCGGCACCGCGGCGGCAGAGCAAGGAGAGCAGCCUGACGAUCAACUGUGUGACUUUCCCCCACCCUGACGUAAUGCCAGAGCAGCAGUUGCUGAAACCUUCAGAGUGGAGCUACUGUGAUUAUUUCUGGGCAGAUAAGAAGGACUCACAAGGGAACAAUACAGUGUCGGGAUUUGAAAUUCUUCUUCAAAAGCAACUUAAAGGGAAACAAAUGCAGAAAGAAAUGGCAGAGUUUGUUCGAGAAAGGAUAAAGAUUGAGGAGGAAUAUGCUAAGAACCUGUCCAAACUGUCUCAGAAUUCCUUGGCUGCUCAGGAAGAAGGCACACUGGGAGAAGCUUGGGCUCAGCUCAAGAAGAGUUUAGCUGAUGAAGCAGAGGUUCAUCUCAAAUUUUCUUCUAAGCUCCAGAGCGAGGUAGAGAAACCCCUGCUGAACUUCAGAGAGAACUUCAAGAAGGACAUGAAGAAGUGCGACCACCACAUCGCGGAUUUGCGGAAGCACCUGGCCAGCCGCUACACAGCCGUUGAAAAGGCCCGGAAAGCCUUGACAGAGAGGCAGAAAGAUCUGGAAAUGAAAACACAGCAGCUAGAGGUGAAGCUCAGCAACAAGACAGAAGAGGAAAUCAAGAAGGCCAGAAGGAAGUCCACCCAGGCAGGGGAUGAUCUGAUGCGCUGUGUGGAUCUGUACAAUCAAGCCCAGUCCAAGUGGUUUGAGGAGAUGGUGACCACCACUCUGGAGCUUGAGAGACUAGAAGUUGAAAGAGUGGAGAUGAUUCGGCAGCAUCUGUGCCAGUACACACAGCUGAGGCACGAGACAGACAUGUUCAACCAAAGUACAGUAGAACUUGUGGAUCAGUUGCUUCGGAAAGUGGAUCCUGCCAAAGACAGGGAACUGUGGGUAAAAGAACACAAAACUGGAGAUAUCCGACCUGUGGACAUGGAAAUAUAG